UUACCAAAGUUUCAAGAACUACCGAGCAAAUCGGUUCUUGCCACAUGAUAACUUACAUCAAUUCUCUUUCUCUUCCUUAAGUUUCUCUCUAUUUAAACCGCAUUUCAUCAUUUUAUCAAACCCUCUCAAUUUUCCAUACGCCACAAAGCAUGGACACCCCUAACCCUUCUCAUGCAACAUACUACAUUCCCUUGCCGGAGCAGCCCUCCCUCGAUGGAUCUCCCGCGACUCGACGGAGACCCUUGAAGGGUUUUGUGGUGAUCGUUGGCUCCAUCAUUUUCCUUGUGUCAUUGGUGGGGUUAAUACUCAACCAAAGCCAAGAACCAUCAUCAACAUCACCAAUGCCAAACAAUGAUGAUAAACCCUCGUCACAAAAGAAGUCAUUCUCGAAACGAAUGCCGAGAGGGGUAGCUGAAGGCGUAUCCGCAAAGUCAAAUCCAUCUCUUUUUGAUGAUGAUGAAGUUUCUUAUAACUGGACAAAUGCAAUGCUUUCAUGGCAAAGAACUUCAUACCAUUUUCAACCGGAGAAAAACUGGAUGAAUGAUCCUGAUGGACCACUGUUUCACAUGGGCUGGUAUCAUCUAUUCUACCAGUACAAUCCUGAUUCAGCUGUCUGGGGCAACAUCACGUGGGGCCACGCCGUAUCAAGGGACUUGAUUCACUGGCUCUAUCUCCCGCUCGCCCUCGUCCCCGAUCAUUGGUAUGAUAUCAAUGGUGUCUGGACCGGCUCCUCCACUCGCCUUCCUGACGGUCAGAUUGUAAUGCUUUACACCGGAGACACUGAUGAAUCAGUGCAGGUGCAAAAUCUUGCAUACCCCGCCAAUCUAUCUGAUCCCCUCCUCCUUGAUUGGGUCAAGUAUGAGAAUAACCCGGUUUUGGUUCCACCACCCGGAAUUGAAACCAGUGAAUAUAGGGACCCGACUACUGCUUGGACCGGACCCGACGGAACAUGGAGGCUGACAAUCGGGUCAAGGGUUAAUACUACUAUAGGUAUUGCACUUGUGUACCAAACUACUAACUUCACUACAUAUGAGCUUUUGGAUGGACUGUUACAUGCGGUUCCGGGUACGGGUAUGUGGGAAUGUGUGGACUUCUACCCGGUUGCAAUAAACGGGUCAAUUGGGUUGGAUACAUCAGCUGGUGGCCCCGGAGUCAAGCAUGUAUUGAAGGCUAGUUUAGAUGACACUAAACUUGAUCAUUAUGCAAUUGGAACAUAUGACCCGGUGAAAGAUAAAUGGACACCCGAUAACCCGGAAGAAGAUGUGGGUAUCGGGUUACGGGUGGAUUAUGGAAGAUACUACGCAUCAAAGUCCUUUUUUGACCUGUACAAGAAGAGAAGAAUCCUAUGGGGUUGGAUUAAUGAAACCGACACUGAAAUUGAUAACCUGAGUAAGGGUUGGGCCUCUGUUCAGAGCAUUCCGAGGACUGUGUUUUUUGAUAACAAAACUGGAACUAAUAUCCUUCAAUGGCCGGUGGAAGAAAUAGAAAGCUUGAGAUAUAACAGUAAAGAAUUUGAGAAGAUUGUAAUUGAACCCGGAUCAAUUGUGCCGCUUGAUAUAGGCACGGCCACUCAGUUAGACAUAUUUGCAGAGUUUGAAACAGAGUUAUUAGCUUCAGCAACCGAAGAAGAAGGGUACAAUUGCAGUGUUGGCGCUGUUGACAGAAGUACAUUGGGUCCCUUUGGUCUCUUAGUCCUUGCAGAUGACUCACUUUCAGAGCUCACCCCAAUCUUUUUCCGCCCCACCAAUACAACCAAUGGCACUCUCACCACUUACUUCUGUGCUGAUGAAACAAGGUCUUCAUUGGCUCCUGAAGUUUUAAAACUCGUUUAUGGAAGCAGUGUCCCUGUUCUUGAAGAUGAAAAAUUAUCAAUGAGAGUAUUGGUUGAUCAUUCGAUUGUGGAAAGCUUUGGGCAAGGAGGGAGGAGAGUUAUAACGUCAAGAAUUUAUCCAACAGAGGCGAUCUAUGGAGCUGCAAGAUUGUAUUUGUUCAACAAUGCAACAGGAGUUAAUGUUACGGCCACACUCAAAAUCUGGCAAUUGAAUUCUGCCUUUAUUCAUCCUUUCCCCUUGGUGGACGAUAUUUAGAAAUCAAAUCAAAACCCAUUUGAGUUGAGCCCAUUUCUUCAUUGCUCUAGCUCUAGGUGGUUG